CUUUGGCAGGCCGCCCUGAACACGCUCAACCCCAACCCCACCGACAGCUGUCCCCUGUACCUGAACUAUGCCACCGUGGCCGCCCUGCCCUCCAGGCUGAGCCGGCACAACAGCCCCUCGGCCGCACACUUCAUCACCCGGCUGGUGCGCACCUGCCUGCCGCCCGGAACCCAUCGGUGCAUCGUGAUGGUCUGUGAGCAGCCCGACGUCUUCGCCUCGGCCUGCGCCCUGGCCCGCGCCUUCCCGCUGUUCACACACCGCUCAGGUGCGUCCCGGCGCACGGACAGGAAGACCGUCACGGUGGAGUUUUACCUUGUGGGACAGGACAACGGGCCGGUGGAAGUGUCCACCUUGCAAUGUUUAGCAAGCGCCACGGAUGGCGUGCGGCUGGCAGCCCGCAUUGUGGACACGCCCUGCAACCAGAUGAACACGGACACCUUCCUCGAGGAGAUUAGCAAAGUCGGAAAGGAGCUGGGGAUCACCCCGACCAUCAUCCGGGACGAGGAGCUGAAGGCCAGAGGGUUUGGAGGAAUCUAUGGGGUUGGCAAAGCCGCCAUCCACCCGCCAGCACUGGCCGUCCUCAGCCACACCCCCGAUGGAGCCACGCAGACCAUUGCCUGGGUGGGCAAAGGCAUCGUCUACGACACCGGAGGACUCAGCAUCAAAGGGAAGACCACCAUGCCGGGCAUGAAGCGAGACUGCGGGGGUGCCGCCGCCAUCCUGGGGGCCUUCAGAGCCGCCAUCAAGCAGGGUUUCAAAGACAACCUCCAUGCUGUGUUCUGCUUGGCUGAGAACGCGGUGGGGCCCAAUGCCACGAGGCCUGACGAUAUCCAUCUGCUAUACUCAGGAAAGACUGUGGAGAUCAACAACACGGACGCCGAGGGCAGGCUGGUGCUGGCGGAUGGCGUGUCCUACGCCUGCAAGGACUUGGCCGCCGACAUCAUCCUGGACAUGGCCACGCUGACCGGGGCGCAGGGCAUCGCCACGGGCAAGUACCACGCUGCGGUGCUCACCAACAGUGCCGAGUGGGAGGCCGCCUGCGUGAAGGCUGGCCGGAAGUGUGGGGACCUGGUGCACCCGCUGGUCUACUGCCCCGAGCUGCACUUCAGCGAGUUCACCUCGGCCGUGGCCGACAUGAAGAACUCGGUGGCGGACCGCGACAAUAGCCCCAGCUCUUGUGCUGGCCUCUUCAUCGCCUCGCAUAUCGGCUUCGACUGGCCCGGGGUCUGGGUCCACCUGGACAUCGCCGCUCCGGUGCACACUGGCGAGCGAGCUACGGGCUUCGGGGUGGCGCUGCUGCUGGCUCUCUUUGGCCGUGCCUCUGAGGACCCCCUGCUGACAUGGGGAGAGACUCCAAGAUGCGCAGGCUCGUGUGAGGGCCCCGCCUCCCACUUGGCCUGGACACGCAGCUUUUACCUCACUUUGCACUGAUUAGUUUUAAGCAAUUGAAAGAUAAUACCGUGAAAUGGC